GGGAGAGUGGCUGUGGAGGAAAUCCUGAAACAGUGAGGCAACCCGAUUUCUUUUCGAACCUCUGGAUCGAAGACGGUGCUAACAGAUUCCGAAGUGUUUCUGCAAUUGGGUUAACUAUGGGUGAAGAAGAAACAAAGACUGAAGUCCCAGAGGCAGUAGCUAACGGCACUGCUGCAUCAGAGAAACCUAGUGACACUGUGGAUGACAAAACAGUGGAAGAAAAUGAUGGGCUAAAAGAAAUGGAAGAAGAUAAGAAAGAUGAGGCUGACAAAAUGGAUGAAGACCCACCCCUAAAGGAAGAUGAGGCAAGCAAAUUGAAAAAGGAAGAACCAAAUGGUGAAGCAAUGGAUGAAGAAACUGGUCCUAUAGAAAAUGAUGAGACAGAAAAGGAGGAAAACAAAGAAGUGGAGGAGGAGGAAGGGUCAGAAGAAGAAGAAAAACAAGUGGAUGAAGAGGAAGGGAAGACUGAAGAGAUCAAGCAGACUAAAGGUUCAAGGAGGCGUGGGAAAGGCAAGAAUAUACGGGAGAAAGUCAAAGGGAAGACAAAGGACGGAGCAGCUAAGAAGGAUGUAGAGCAAAGAACUCCUGUUACUGAUCGCCCUGUACGUGAGCGGAAAACUGUUGAAAGGCUGGUUGCAUCUAUUGAGAAAGACUCUUCUAGGGAACUCCAAAUUGAAAAGGGCCGUGGUACCCCACUCAAAGAUAUUCCAAAUGUUGCAUUCAAGCUGUCUAGAAGGAAGAGUGAUGACACUUUCAGGCUGCUUCAUACAAUACUCUUUGGAAGAAGAGGGAAGGCUAUUCAGAUCAAGGGUAAUAUAUCCCGCUUUUCUGGUUUUGUGUGGCAUGAAAAUGAGGAAAAGCAAAAGAUGAAGGUAAAAGAAAAAUUCGACAAGUGUAAUAAAGAGAAAUUGUUGGAACUCUGUGAUGUGCUUGACAUAACAGUUGCCAAGGCUACUACAAGGAAGGAAGAUAUUGUUACAAAGCUGAUAGACUUUUUGGUGGCCCCUCAUGCCACAACUACUGUGCUACUAGCAGAAAAAGAGAAGCCAAGUAAGGGCAUAAAGCGCAAGCGGAGUAGCAAACAAAGUUCAUCAACCUCUGGGAAUGCUCCUUCAAAGCGCUCUGCAAAGAGUCAAGGGAAGAAUGAGGAGACUUUGGAAGCAAAAGGGGGUAUUGAUACAGAAGAUGAGUCAGAAGAUGAAGACAAGGAAGAGGAAGAAAAUGAAGAUAAGGAAAAGGAGAAUGGUGUUCCCGAAAAAUCUGAGGAUGAGAUGCCUGAGAAUUCUGAGAGUGAGGAGAAAAAUGAAUCUGAGGAAGAUGUGGGCAAGAAGAAACGUUCAAAGGCUUCAUCCAGAAAGAAAGAUUCUGCUAAAAAAGCUAAAACCAAGAAGGCCAAAGUUGCCAAAACAUCCAGUCCGCCACCAAAAGUAACACCUAAAAGAUCCUCAUCCAAGCGUGCAAAGGUUGAGGAUCAUGAUGAUGAAAAAACUGCAAAGGCAUCUUCCAGGAAGAGAAAUAUGAAAGUAACAAAGGAGAAGUCCUCAACCCCAGCAAAAUCUGCCUCCAAGGAGAAACCUGGUAAAAAGGUUGCAAAAAGGAAGGACAAAGGUAAAGAGGAAAAACUGAAGCCAACUGAUGAAGAGCUAAGAGAUGCAAUUUGUGAAAUUCUUAAAGAAGUGGACUUCAACACGGCAACGUUCACCGACAUUCUGAAGUUGCUUGCUCAACAAUUCAAUACGGAUCUAACUCCAAGGAAGUCAUCAAUAAAACUCAUGAUUCAGGAAGAGCUUACCAAACUAGCUGAUGAAGCAGAUGACGAAGAUGGUGAAGGCGAUGCCGGGAAAGAUGAAACCACCCAAACAACCCAAUCCGUUGGCCAAGAGGUUGUAGCCUGAUCAGCACACCAGUGACCAGAACAUAACUCCAUGAAAAUGGCUUGUUAGCUAUUUUCCUGUUGUAUCCAUAUGCUCUGUUUAAGCCGUGAUCGAGUAAAGCUGAGCAAGCUUGUAACUUAGUAUUUUUAUUUUCUUGGCAAACAAGAUGAGAUUCACAAACCAGUAGAGUAUCUGGAGCUACCCAAGUGGUACUUUGGGGUGUCAAUGUGCAGCUUGCUAUAUACCCUUUAGCAUAAAUUGUAGGAAGAAUUUUUCAAUCUAAAUUUAACCAAACAUUAUGUGGAUUAUAACCCUGGUUCUGUUGAACUUGUUUUUGCAUGUUCUGUCAAUUGUGGGUUUUACGAAUAACAGGUAGCUAAGUCU